AUUUUUCGCCAAAAUUGUGCCUUUGGCGAAUUUUCGCUGCGUCAAAAGGCCUCUCCUCUCUCUUGAGAAAGUUUUUCAUUUACGAACAGAAAAGCUAGAAAACCCCAACCCUCUCUCUCUCUCUCUCUAGAACGUUUUCCGUAUUAUUUCUCCGCCUCCCCGACUCAACUCUGCCCUUUCUCCCUGUCUCUCUCCUCUCUUCCAAGCUAUCCGAAGUCCCUAGCAUGUCGUCGUCUCAAGCGAGCCUCCUCCUCCAAAAACAGCUUAAAGAUCUUUGCAAGAACCCCGUGGAUGGGUUCUCGGCGGGGCUGGUCGAUGAGAAAAACAUAUUCGAAUGGAGUGUUACAAUUAUUGGGCCGCCGGAUACGCUUUAUGAAGGGGGAUUCUUUAAUGCCAUCAUGAGCUUCCCUUCCAAUUAUCCAAACAGCCCUCCAACAGUGAAGUUCACUUCUGAGCUAUGGCAUCCUAAUGUUUACACCGAUGGGCGUGUGUGCAUAUCGAUUCUUCAUCCACCUGGUGAUGAUCCCAAUGGUUAUGAGCUUGCAAGUGAACGCUGGAUGCCUGUUCAUACGGUUGAAAGUAUCGUGUUGAGUAUUAUAUCUAUGCUGUCAAGUCCUAACGACGAGUCUCCUGCCAAUGUUGAAGCAGCGAAAGAAUGGAGGGAGACGAGAGACGAAUUCAGGAAGAAAGUGAGCCGCUGCGUUAGAAAAUCACAAGAAAUGUUUUGAUCGUUCGUCCUGUGAAGAAGAUCUUCUCUGCUGUGUACCAAGCCAAAAAAAAAAAAAUUGUCUUAAUUCAUUUUGGGUUUCGUGGUUGGGUGGGUGGGAAGGACACGAGUGGCCAGGAAGGAAAUUGGAUCAUAUUGUCUGCCUUAUCUGUUAUCCUUACGUAGAAUGCCACUCGAAUUCUCAGCUCCCCUUUAAUCUUUGUGUUUUUUGUGUUGCUUGUUACGGUUUUUGCAAUGGGGGAUCGGAGUGGGGUUUUACAAACUCGAAAGAAGUCGACUUUUUCUCUGCAUUUUUGGAUACUUUCCCAAUACGAACACCCAUGUCCCAGACUCUGGAAUUGCUCUUCCAUUUUCCCUCGUAUCUAUCUACACAUUUGACUGAUUUGGUUC